CUGGCUGGACCACAACACCAUCACCGGCUCCCUUCCAGCCUCCAUCUCCAAACUCCAAAACCUCGCCUUCCUGAGCAUGGAGUUCAACCGGCUUUCAGGCAGCCUGCCACAAGCCAUGGGGGGGCUCUCUAGCUUGGAAGGCUUUGACCUCUCGCAGAACAGCAUCUCAGGGUCACUGCCGUCCACAAUGGGCAAUCUGAGGCUUCUCCGCUCCAU